AUGUUUGCGGAUGACAUUAAGCUCUGGAGCGUCAUUCGAACUGCAGAUGACGAAGAGCAUCUGCAGGCGAACCUAAAUCGACUCCAACAGUGGUCAAAGGCCUGGCUUCUGCCGUUCAACGAGAAAAAGUAUAAUAUUCUACGAGUCGGCAGAGCUCGCUCUCCGAACCAUAUGGCCUACUGCCUAAAUGGUAUACCACUGCAAGAAGUGGACUCGCAGAAGGACUUGGGAGUAUGGAUUACGACCUCGCUCAAACCCUCGCUGCACUGCACGAAGAUAGCCAAGUCUGCAAUGUCAGUCCUCUACCUUGUCAAGCGGGCUUUCUCUGCCUUUGACGAAGACUGCUUCGCUAAAGUCUUUCGAACUUUUGUGCGUCCGCAACUAGAAUUUGCUAUCCAAGCUUGGAGACCCUGGACCGCGAAGGACCUCAGCAUCCUUGAAAGGGUUCAAAGGCGUGCAACGAAACUUGUGGCAGGACAGGGUUCACUACCAUAUGCAACGCGGUUAGCUAACCUUCAUCUCUUUCCCUUGAGUUACAGGCAGUUACGGGGUGACCUGAUACAAGUCUUCCGUAUCAUACGCGGUCAGGACUGCAGCCUCAUACCGGGGGACUUCUUCGAGUUAGCAACCACCACAAAUCUACGAGGCCAUCCAUUCAAACUACGUGUGACAGGGGCCAGACUGGACACACGAAAGUUCUUCUUCUCCAACAGAGUGGUAGAAGCCUGGAAUGCCCUGCCUGUGGAUGUCGUUAUGUCUGCUUCCGUCGAGGUUUUUAAGAGGAAGCUGGAUUUGUGUAGCAGUGUGCACUAA